UUAGAUGUGAUUAACUUCACUCGACAGCAGUUCUCAAGUGGGCGGUCUCAGAUGGCGACCUCCCAAAAGUUAACAGAGCACUUUCUGAGUUGUACAAUAUGUACAGAGGUGUUUGACAACCCUUCCACGCUUGUGUGUAAUCACACCUUCUGUCGGAAAUGUGUUAUCAACUACACCAAAACCAGGCCAGAAGCUAUCAGCGCAAGAUCUCUUCUAUGUCCUUUCUGUAAGAAGAUGACGAAAGUGUCUGACCCUGAGAGGCCAGUGGAGGAGUGGGCGGAUGACGUCAAGCCUAGCUUUGUCAUCCAGGGACUUUUGGACUCUUUUGGCCCAGAAUCUACAAAUACAACCUACUGCCGUUAUUGCAAGGAGGAAGGGGAGACAACUCCUGCUACCUCUUGGUGCUCUGUUUGUGACGACGCCCUCUGUGAACGAUGUGUACGGAUGCACAAUAGAAACCCAUCCUCCCGUCACCAUGACGUAGUUGACAUGUCUAGAGAGGUCAAGAUCAAGAGCAUGGAAAAGGUUGUGUGUAAAGAACACAAAGAUGAACAUAUAAAACUCAUUUGCAGAGACUGUAAGAAAGCAAUUUGUCAAACAUGUUGCAUUACCUAUCACAAAAUGUGUGAAAGUGUUGUUGAAAUGGAAUCAGAAAUGCCGGCAAUUAAAUCAGAGCUGACAAGGAAAAGGGAUAAUUUGUUGAAGAAAUGUGAUAAGAUACAAAUUCUCGUUGACAAACAGAAAACAAUAGCCAAUGAAGAAUCAACGUCUUAUUUGCAAAUAGAAUCAGACAUCAAGUCUACCACUAAGAAAGCAAUGGACACGAUUAAAAGCAAGGAAAUGAAGCUUCUCAAUGAGCUGAAAGAGAAGUCUGAGAAACACAUAGAGCAGCUAAAAGCAAACAUAAAGUCAAGAGAGAUGUCAGUACAGAUGUUCCAAGAAGAAGCGGAGCUGAUAGACCAGACUCUACGCUCUGAGUGUGACAUGGGUGUGUAUGAGAUGUAUCAGGGAUGUGAGGUCGGUGAUGUGGAGGCUGUCGGGGACGCAGGGCUGAAGGUGAAGGGGAGAAUAGCCAGGAUCAUGUUCAGACAGGACACGGAUCAGCUGAGCAUAACACUGGACGAUCUACAGCUGGGUGACAUAGACGUCCUGUACGAGAGUGUGCUGGACCUGAUGGCGACUCCUGUAUUACAGGACACUAUCAACGUCAGAGUAGGAGACGGGGUAGAAGCAGAUCCUAUUGAUGUCACAGUGCUUGCUGUGAAUGGUACAGAUACAGUCGUUGUCACAGAUUACGAAAACAAAAGUGUGAAGUCCUUCUACACCAAAAAUAACCAUACAUAUCACAGCAGGCUCUUUCUGGGUCCGGUGGGCAGACCAUGGUGUAUGGCAAAGUUAAAACAGAACCAACUGGCUGUAACUGUUUUGGGUAUCAGUCAGAUUGUAACAGUUGAAGUCAACCCUGACCUGGUGCUGCUGUCAACCAUCACAACAAACAAACAGUACUAUGGUAUAACGUCUCUGACACCAUCAACACUAGCAGCAGGUUCCCAUUCUCCCCCCUGUAUUGAUAUCCUGGAUGUAACGGGACACGUGCUGAGUUCACUCAGUCCACUUGUAAAUGGUUACACCAUCUUUAAAUUUCCCAAUUUUCUCUUCACGACAAGGACUGGGAACAUCCUUGUGUCCGACAGUGGAUCAAGGUACGUCGUGUGUCUGACCAAGAAGGGGGAUGUGGUGUUCACCUACAGCCCUUCAGGAAACACAUCACUAAAAUAUCCACGUGGCAUAACACGUACCAGCACAGGUGACAUUCUGGUUUCAGAUUCUUUCCUACACAGAGUCAUCCAUCUGACUGAGUCGGGGGAGUUUGUUAGAAACAUACUGACUUUACAGGAUGGUAUUCAGUAUCCCUGGGGUGUGUGUCUAGAUGGGCAAGGGUGUAUGUAUGUGUGCUUGUCAAGUGACGUUAAGGUUUUCACAAUGCACUAAAAUGAGUGGGAAUUAUGUCUGAAUCCUUUUUAGGAACUACAUGUGUGUUUUUUUUAUAUUGCACAGGGUUGUAUUUGCAAUUGAAGGAUUGCGACACAAGCUUAUCUUAAAGUUCUUUAUCUACAUUGGGUGUUGGGUCCAUCCUUUCUUACAUGAUAGAACACUAGUUUGUUAUUGCUGAGUAAGUUUGUUAGUUGACAAAAUAAUGGACUAUUUGCAGAUUUAUACAAAUGAUACUAUCCUCAAGACUGUAUGACAAGAGCGAAGACUUUCCAAUGUUUCCCUUUGGGUCGAGCAAUGUUUCAGCAGCUCCAGACUCUGGUGUCACAACUUUUUAGGUACAAUCGAACAUAAUCUUUCUAUCAAUAUUUCAAUACGAUUCUUGCUCAAAUGGGUCUGCAUUUAAGUCAAGACUUGAACCAUAUGUAAAGCUUUCAAAAAGUUAUUAGUUCGACAUGUGCAGGACAUGUCAAAAUCAGUGACCAAAAUAUGUCGAAUUCAAUUCCUUAUUUUGACCAUAUGUUCCCAUGAUUGUUCAGUUGAACACUUGACUUGCCUGUGCAUGUCUUUAUGACAAGUAUCACCGGUGGGGCAGGAUACCCUACCUUUUUGCGAACACCUGGUAUCCAUGUUAUUUGAUAUGGGUCCAUGAAUACACGUGUAUGAUAUAGUCGGAAUCGUACAAUAUGACCUCUGCUUUAGCAUAUCUAUUUGAAAACGGAAACCAUGCUGACAUCUGUAUUCUUUAUGUCUUGUUUACUCGCUAAAUACAAUUCUAAAAUAACUUUGCGUCUGCCAUCAUUUUUAUCUAACCUGAUGUCGCCUGUUGAACUCAAGAAACAAUAAACAACACUCGCAGUAGCAGUGUAUCUGGUUGUUUUCCAUUCACAUUUAUGUGAAAAUAUCGUCAAUAUUAAUAUUAGAUCAAUGCAGUGUGCCUCUUGAUCUAUCGAUGUGUAGUAAAACCCCAUCUGUGUUACAGAUUCCUGACAGUGCUUUUGAGCAGU